UAGGCAGGACAACCAGCUCCUAUUUCUGAAGAGGUCCCGGCGGCUUCACCUUCGCCCCUUUGUCAAAGAUGCCUCUCCAAAAUGCAGAAAGUGGGCUUUGCUGUGCUGGAAGUCUUCUGGUCCAAUUCACAUCUCUGAGCACCUCCUACUGGGUGUUGGAAUCUACCCAGAAAGGUCUUGUCCACAGUGGCCUCUGGAAGAUCUGCAUCAACCCAAACUGCACCAUGUACCAGUUUAAUUUACUGGCCCUUCAUAUCCAUGUCACCCGAGGCUUCCUCUUGAUGGCUUGUUUAUGUGGUCUCAUAUCUCUGCUGUGUGUUUGUUUCUCGUUUGAGCAUAUGGAGCUAUAUCACAUAUCCGUUCUCAAAGCUGCUGUCGUGUUGAGCUUCAGUGGAGGUCUCUUCAUCCUAAUGGGUAUGUCUGUAUUCACAGCUGUUUACAGGAACUCCCAUUCCUACACCAAUUAUUUGCUCUACUUUGGUUCUUCCUAUGGCUUGGGUUGGGCCUCUCUUCCUAUGUAUGCCAUGACUGGGAUACUGCUAAUGCUGACUCAAAAAACCAUGGUCUCUGAACUCUGGGUACCCCCUCUUCCAUAACAGCUUGAAGAACUCCCAGGGGUUGACUAACUGACUUCAUGUCGUGGAAGACCAGCAAUGGACCUUAUAACUGGGCAAAGCAUAGCUUUAUCAGGAUGGUGGCAGCCGACAGGAUACGGCAUGCCUGUAUCAGUUCAGAUAAAAUGACCAGACGGACAGGCAUCAGGGUUACUCCGAUACUCUCCGCGUGUUUGCCAUUUGGAACGGACCAGCAUCAUUUACCAUGGUGUGCCAAAUUAGGCAAGUUAUGGUUUGACAACAUGCAAGUUGUGUCUAGACCAGAGCUGGAAACCAGAACUCAUUUGGAGGUAAACCACUUUGUACAAGGAAUGAUUUCCCUGCUUUCGCUCUCCUCAGACAAACUAUAGUUUUCUUGAACCAGGAAGUUAGAUCAAAAUGGGAAGGAAACAUAUGACCUUGGUUUUGUUUGCGAUGCUCACUCAUCUAUUGGUGAUUGGAAAGCAGCAGUAAUUCACACAACCAGCUGUUGUUCUGCCCUUGGGCCCAUCAAAAUUGCUCACUGGUCUUCGUUUAUACAGCAGAUGAAUUGAAUAAUGCAUUAGUCAAAGGAGCAGUGGUCAUGUGUACAACUAACAACACACAGAAGACAUGAGGAAUGUUAAGCCUGGUGGUCCUUGUUCUUGUAUCAGGAGGGAUGUGGGUGUGUUGAAAAUGCAUGUGUUUGGUUAUCAGUGAAUGCAUGUGUUUGGUUAUCAGUUUAUAUCUGAAUCUCCGGCUGAGUGAUCAUACAGCGUAUGUACACAUCUAAUCUUGUUUGAUAGCUAACACAAGCACCACUAACCAGUCCUUCCAUAGCUGAACAUCCCACCUCUCUAAUUACUCACCCAGCCACCCUCACUAAUGUUG